UAAUUUAUUGUAGUUAUUAUUUGACAGUUCUCCUUCCUUGUGCACGAAAUUAUUUUAUUCAAAGCGGAUUUAUUUAUUUUGUUUUCAAAAGUAAAUUUAGGUUACAUUGCGAAGCUAAAAAUUAAAUAUUUGAUAUACGAAAAUGCCGGCUGGUACCAUAUAUUCCUUAAUAUUGAAAAAAGAAAAUGCACAUGAGGACCCUAUUUAUUGCUGUUCGUGGGCUAAAGUAAACACCGCUGGAGAUUCAGCGAAUGCUUCAAAAGAUUUCAUAGUGACUGGUGGUUUGGACUGCUUGGUAAAAGUAUGGACACUAGAAAACAAUAAGCUAGAGGUACUUCAUUCAUUGGAGGGUCACUCGAUGGCUGUGGUCUGCGUAGCUGUUAGUCCUUCUGCACCAAUAAUAGCAAGUUCAUCACUUGACUCUAGCCUCAUAUUCUGGGACCUACUCUUGGGGAAGAAGUUAGUGGAGAUACCAACCGGAGUCACAGAUGCAUGGAAGAUAGCUUUUUCUCCGGACGGAGAGCACAUUGCCACUGGUGGUUAUACUGGCAAGAUAGUUGUAUACAGUGUUCAGAGUGGAACUACUGAGAAAGUUUUGGAUACCAGAGGGAAGUUUAUAUUAAGUGUGUCUUGGAGUCCCAACGGCAGAUACAUAGCAACCGGCUCAGAGGACGGCAUCCUAUGCAUAGUAGAUGUAACACAAGGGAAGGUUGUCCACACAGUAGAGGCUCACUCACAGCCCAUCAGGAGUAUUGCGUUCUCACCGUGCAGUAAACGACUGGCCACUGCCUCUAACGAUGGUUAUGUCAAGAUUUAUGAUGUGGCUAGCGCAGGCCUCCAAUUCUCUCUAAACCACAAAUGCUGGGCUGUCAGCGUCUGUUUCACUUUGGACGGCACGCGCGUGGCUACUGCCGCCGCCGACGGCAGCGUGAGGGUCGCCGCCACUGACGGCCUUGCCGUACUCAAUACCUUCCACGAACAUAGCGAUGUGGCGUGGGGCGUGAAUUUCAACAGCAACAAUAAAAAGAUUAUCUCCGUGUCUAAGGAUAAGAGCAUAAAUAUCUACGAGUGCCCACCAUUACCAAAGCCUGAGAAAAAGGAACAAACAAUGAAUCUAAUAAAAUAAGUAAUUUCUCUAACAACUUUAACGGUGAGUAUUAAAAGUAUACUUUUAUAUACCUACCUAUGUAUGUAUAGGUACUUGUAUAAAUUAUGGUUAUGUAGGUAUUUAAGUCUGUUUUUGUAACAAAUAUUAAAAUUGUUUAUUUUGAAACUUC